AUAAACAAGAUUAAUAAUUUUGGUGGGAAAAUGGAUGGAACAUGAAAUCCAAUCUCUGCUUUUGGGCUGUCUUCCCUUUCCCUUUUCUUCCCUAACCCUUUAUUCAAUCCAACUCCCCACUUCAUUCUUCUCUUCUUCCCAAAUGGAUCGUCAUCGUCAUCCAAUCAUUCUCACUCUGAUCUUCACGUUUUCAGUCAUUUCAGUGGUACAAUCGACGUCCUUCAAGAUCGUCAACAGAUGCCGCCACACUGUAUGGCCGGGGAUACUCACCGGUGCGGGUAGAACGGUGCUUAAUCCCACGGGUUUCACUCUAAAGCCUGGAAAAUCUAGAACCCUACGAGUACCUGUAGCCUGGUCGGGUCGGUUAUGGGGUCGAACCGAUUGUCAGAUAGAUUCCACCGGAAAAUUGGCUUGUGUCACUGCCGACUGUGGCUCCGGUAGAGUGGAGUGCGAAGGCCGUGGCGCUGAACCGCCGGCCACGCUGGCGGAAUUUACGCUCAACGGCGACCAGGGUUUGGAUUUCUAUGACGUCAGCUUGGUGGAUGGGUACAACCUCCCGAUGCUGGUGAUUCCGAGGGAUGGUACAAGUGGGGGAUGCAGCUCCACUGGUUGUUUAGUUGAUUUGAACGGCGGUUGUCCGACGGCUCUGAGGGUGGCGCGUUCCAGUAGGAGUGGGAGCGUGGUGGCGUGUAAGAGCGCGUGUGAAGCGUUUGGAGAUCCCAGGUAUUGUUGUAGUGAAGGGUAUAAUACGCCGGAGACAUGCCCGCCGACGGAGUACUCGGAGUAUUUUAAGCAUGUUUGCCCGCGGUCUUACAGCUAUGCUUAUGAUGAUAAAACCAGCACCUUCACCUGCGCCGGCGCCGAUUACGUCAUCAUUUUCUGCCCAUCACCCUACACCAGUGAAAAGUUGUUGGAAGCGAGGAAAGAAGUGGCGGAUUUGCCUUUGGUGAACAAAACCAUGAUGUACAUCGGUCGCCAUCAUGGCGGUGGUGUCUCAUCAGGCUAAUAGGCAAAUGGAACCAAAGAAAUACUCGUUUCCUAGUUGUACGCUGAUUAGACUCAAUCUGUUAAGAUCUUCAGUUUGUGGGUCCCAUUUGUAUUUUUGUUGUUGCCAUCAAGACCGAGGCCUAUAAAAUGAAAAUCGACUCAUGGUUCUAUUUGUUGGUAAUAUUUUUACAGAUAUGCUUAUGAGGACCUACAGAUAUAAGACAACUUGUGAACUUUUUUGAUCUUUAUUUUGAGCUUUCUCCUAGUGUUUGCUAAAUGUACUCCUACUUCGAGGACCAUCAAAUAUUUGAACAUGUUAUAUUACUA